UGUGUUUUACACCUGGACAAGAGGGGCGGCAGCUACGAACUGCGCGCGCUGUGGGAGUUGGGUAGAGAGCGAGAAACCGAGGGCGGGAAAGUAACCUGCGGCGCCGCCCACUCACAGCGUCACACCUUUCACACGUCCAACUUGACUGACGGGCUGGUUUACUUCUCAAAGUAGGGGAGGGAUAAGGCGAAAGGGGAAGUGAACUAAAGGGCGGAACGUUUUCCUUUAGGGAGGAAACAUUUCAAGAAGGGGCGGGGCAAGGCUGCUGUACCUGAGUGGGCGGAGACAAGGUGUGAAGCAGGAGGCGUGGUCUCUGAUAUUAUCCUGCCCUCCCCCCUGCAGAGCGAGGCGGGGGCGUGUCUCAGGCCUCAGUAGUAGACGAGUCACCUCAGGGGUGUCCGGGCUACUGACAGGGAAUCUUGUGUUUGGCCUCGCAAAUUAUCAGUAAUUUCAUUAUCGGGAUGCUCUGGCUGUAAGACAAAAUGACCACCAAUACAACGCUGCCGACUUUAAAUGAGCGAGACGCUGACCAGCCAGCGCUGGGUCAUGCCGAUCCAAAAACCAGCAGCAGCAGCAACAAACCAAAUAUGCUGCGAUCCCGCACGUCUAUCGCUGCAACAGCUGAUGAACAGCCGCACAUUGGAAACUACCGGCUCCUCAAAACCAUUGGCAAAGGCAACUUUGCGAAAGUAAAACUUGCACGGCAUGUACUGACUGGCAAAGAGGUUGCUGUAAAAAUUAUAGAUAAAACACAACUUAACUCAUCAAGUCUACAGAAGCUUUUCAGAGAAGUGAGGAUCAUGAAAGUUUUAAACCACCCUAACAUAGUUAAUUUAUUUGAGGUUAUUGAAACUGAGAAGACUCUGUACCUUGUUAUGGAGUAUGCUAGUGGAGGAGAAGUGUUUGAUUACCUUGUUGCACAUGGACGUAUGAAAGAGAAAGAAGCCCGUGCCAAAUUCCGGCAGAUUGUAUCCGCUGUACAGUAUUGCCAUCAAAAGUUAAUUGUGCAUAGAGACUUGAAGGCUGAGAACUUGCUGCUAGACUCAGACAUGAACAUUAAGAUUGCUGACUUUGGCUUCAGCAAUGAAUUCACGUUUGGGAACAAGCUAGACACAUUUUGUGGAAGCCCCCCGUAUGCAGCACCUGAACUUUUUCAGGGCAAAAAAUAUGAUGGUCCUGAGGUUGAUGUAUGGAGCUUGGGUGUUAUUCUCUAUACACUUGUUAGCGGUUCUCUUCCCUUUGAUGGACAGAAUUUGAAGGAGUUGCGUGAGCGAGUAUUACGGGGGAAAUAUCGUAUUCCUUUUUAUAUGUCCACGGAUUGUGAAAACCUGCUAAAGAAAUUUCUCAUAUUAAACCCCUCCAAGAGGGGAACUCUAGAGCAAAUAAUGAGGGAUCGCUGGAUGAAUGUUGGACAUGAAGAAGAUGAACUGAAGCCCUAUGUGGAGCCAAUUCCAGAUUACAAGGACCCCAAAAGAACAGAGUUAAUGGUGACCAUGGGCUAUACAAACGAGGAAAUCACAGACUCUCUAGUUAACCAGAAAUACAACGAGGUCAUGGCUACUUACCUACUGCUGGGCUACAAGUCGUCUGAGAUGGAUAAUGACCACUUAACUCUGAAGCCCAGACCCCCACCAGGCGUCAGUAAUAACAUUGUUUCGUCACCUGCUCACAAGGUGCAGCGCAGUGUAUCAGCCAAUCCCAAGCAGAGGAGACCUGGUGACCAGGCUGGACAAGCCAUCCCCAAAUCCAAUUCCUACUCCAAGAAAACCCAAAGCAACAAUGCUGAAAACAGACGAUCUGCGGAUGAGAAAGAAAGUGGGCGCAAAUCCGGCAGCACUGUCAGAGUUCCUCCAAGUCCACUUUCUGGGCUUGACAGAAAGAAGACAACACCAACUCCAUCUACGAACAGUGUUCUUUCUACUGGUACUAAUCGCAGUCGUAACUCCCCAAUGCUGGACAGAGCCACACUUGUGCCCGGGUCUAUACACAAUGGCAAAGACAGCUUCUCCAUGCCUGGGUCCCGCGCCUCCACCGCUUCUGCCCCAGCCACCUCUGCUCGGAUCCGGCAGCACCAGAAAUCCAUGUCCACUUCUGUGCACCCUUCCAAACCCGCUCCUUCCCUGGAUGGCAACUGUGACGUUCAAAGGGCAAGCACAGCCCCCCAGAGACUGCCUGUAUCGUCCCCAUCAGCUCACAACAUAAGCAGCGCCGCAACAGAGCGGAACAACUUCCCACGUGGUGUUUCCAGUCGCAGCACAUUUCAUGCCGGCCAAGUCCGUCAAGCUCGGGACCAACAGAACCUGGGAUUUGUCUCACCCGCUUCUCCUUCUGGCAUCAGUCAGGGCCGGCGGGGGGCGACAGGGAGCAUAUUUAGCAAAUUUACAUCCAAAUUUGUGCGCAAAAAUCUGUCUUUCAGAUUUCCAAGAAGGAAUCCAAAUGAUCCUGAAGGGAAAGACCGAGUGGAGAGUACAAGGCCGCACCUCUCAGUGGUAGACAAAGAGAAGGAUAAAGAAGACCUUCGGGAUUCCAAGCCUCGCUCGUUGCGCUUCACGUGGAGCAUGAAAACCACCAGCUCAAUGGAGCCCAAUGAGAUGAUCAGCGAGAUUUGCAAAGUCCUGGACGCAAACAACUGCCAAUAUGAAUCCCAGGAUAAAUAUAUGCUGCUCUGCGUCCAUGGGACUCCGGGUCACGACAACUACGUGCAGUGGGAAAUGGAGGUGUGUAAGCUCCCACGGCUCUCUCUCAACGGCGUGCGCUUCAAGCGCAUCUCUGGCACCUCAAUUGCGUUUAAGAACAUUGCUUCCAAAAUAGCCAAUGAUCUCAAACUUUAACAUGGUUCUGUCUCUGCGAGGGAGAGAAACCCAGGACUCCAAAAAUGGCGCAGCCUCCCCUCCUCUCUCGUGGCACCAGAAAUUGCUCCUUGCCGGCCACGUUCUGGAAGUGACCAAUGAGAAACGAGACGAUCAGGGUGUGCCGAGAAACAGCUCCUUUCACCAUAGAAUUUAAGCAUAUUUUAUUUGGAAUAGAUUUAUAAUUAUUGGGGUUUUUUUUUUUUCUGGAGAGAUUGGGGGCGGGUCUCAAAUGAUAAUAUAACCAGAGAAGUUGACAGGGGUUAAAAAACCGAGAUAGGAUGUUUAACCCCCAAUUCAAAUGUCAGCUGUUUGCUGCUCUUAUCUCUGAGAUCACAUAUCAGUGGCUGAGAAAAACUUCUAGGCGUGAGGAUUUCACCAGAUCGUUUUGUUUCAGUCCAGACCAGUUUCACUUUCCAUUUUACAGAACUUUAAAGGCAAGUCUUAGACACUGAAAUAAUCGCUCAGGGUUCCCGUAAUUAGGGAUGCACCGAAUCCAGGAUUCGGCCUUUUUCAGCAAGAUUCGGAUUCGGCCGAACUGAAUCUGAAUCCAAAUCACGUGACUUUUUGUCACAAAACAAGGAAGUAAAUGUUUUCCCCUUCCCACCCCUAAUUUGCAUAUGCGGAACGGUAUUCGCCCGAAUUCUUCACGAAGGAUUCAGGGGUUGGGUCGUAUCCAAAAUAGUGGAUUCAGUGCAUCCCUACCCAUAAUAAAUGGCUACAGAGCGAGGCGCAUACAGGCAGCGUGGAAAAGCGCGUGGGUGACGGGAUUUGUAUGCGGAAACCUUCUGGGCAACUGAUGUUUUAUAAAUAAACGAAAAUGCAGGUU